UUUUCCAUGGUAAUAUACGUUUAUUAGAACAAAUUUACGAUCAAAACAGAACAAACUUUUGCGACUGAAUAUUCAAUUGUAUCAUUUUGUACUCUCACUAACAAACGUGGCUCUUCAUUGUAUUCCUAAACGUAAAUAUUUGUGUUCUUAUGUCGUUUGGAAUUUAAUAUUUUUACUAGCAUUAUGAUGGAAGAAUUAGGAGAUGACACUAAUGGAGAUUCUACAUUUGAAUUCUUGGGAGGCAAAAAUGAUGAAAAUCUUUUGAAAGAAGCUCAAGUUCCAGAGGUCAACAAAGAAAUUACUGUUGCUACUCCUCUGACACCAGUUUCUGUACCUUCACCACCUCCAAGUACACCAUACCAAUCAUCUGCUUCAGCUCCAGACCAGUCUAAGAUACAUUUUUAUAAUCCAACCAGCUCCCCUGAAUAUUUCUCAACUAUACCUACUAACUCUUUGGCUCAGUCAUCUGUACCAUUAGCAGGCCCAUUUGUAGAAACUCAAAAUUGGAACCAAUAUGCUGCAGCUGCAAUUCCCCAACCCCCAAUAAGUGUCUUAAAUCCUAACUUAUCACAAUGUUCUAUAGUAUUACCAGGAGCAGAACAGGUUCCAAACACAUUUGUUCCUGAAAGUCCUGGUGAAGCUAGUGCUGGCAUGUGGGGUUGGAUUAAAGGAAAUCAACUACUAAAUAGAGUUGCAGAAAAAGCUAAAAGUUCUGUGGAUUCAGUUAUCACUACUCUUGAUCCUGGAAUGAAAGAAAUUAUAAAUUCUGGUGGUGACAUAAAUGUAAUUGUUGCAUCUGGUAAUGAAGUUAAAAUAUCUGCUGUGAGGGAAGCAUUCCAGAAAGUGUUUGGAAAAGCUACUGUGCAAGGUAUUGCUGUACAAUCCAGUAGUAUUGCACCUCAACCAGUAGGAUUUUCAGCUGGACUGAAAGCUGCUGAAGAAAGAAUUAAUAACAUAAGACAACAAGGUUAUUCAGAUGGUAAUAAUGUUCUAUUAGCGAUUGAAAAUUUCAUUGUGGAGUUUACACCAGAAAAUUGGUUUGAUAUGGGCUGCCUGCUUUUACAAGAUUCUAAUUCUGGCAUAUCAUUGCAAGUUUAUACUGAAGCAAUACCAAUAUCUAGUCUUUAUGUUAAUCAAGCAAAGGAUCAAACACCUGCAGACUAUCCCCUUGGUUGGUCAGGACAUGCAAUCACUGUUGGACAAAUUAUUGGUUCAGCUUUAGGAGUGCAUCACUCUGAAUGGCAUGAAGCAUUGACAGGUGUUUCUCGAAGAGAAAUUCUUCUCCUAGCUGCAAAAAGUAUAGCUGGCCUUUAUAGAAAGCAACUCAGGAGAUAACAAAAUUUACAAAAAAAAUUUCAAUUAAUUCUGGUGUUUUAAAUGUAUUAAAACAUAUGUAUGUUUACUUGUACCAAUUUUUUUUUCUUUGGUUUUAUGAUUAGGUUUUAUUUUAUGGUUCAAAGACAAUAUGUCUCAUAUUUUUAGAUUUGUAGUUUGUAUAAUAUGAAAGCUAUUCAGCUGCUUUUUUUUUUUAUUUAUUCAAAUGCGUAUUUUCGCACACAAAAUUGUUUUAUUGCAAUACAAGUGUAGUUAUAAAGUAUUUUUACUUGUUUUAAAUUCUUGUUGUUGAAUUUUAUGCAGUAUGAUUGUAUAAUUAAUAUCUUAC